AUGAGCAUUCAAUUACUUAGACGGUCUCUCAUUGUGGCUGUAUUAUGCCGAGAAACCUCUGCAAAUCUAUUCCGUCGGGAUACCAACAGCUCUGUCAGUGGUUAUGACUUCGUAGAUCCUCUCAUCGGUACUCGUAACGGAGGUCAUGUUUUCGCCGGGGCGACCCUGCCAUUUGGAAUGGCGAAAGCGGUAGCGGAUGUCACGAGCGAUAAUCAGGGAGGAUAUGCCUCAAAUGGAAGUCCUGUUACAGGCUUCUCUCAUAUGCACGACUCGGGUACUGGUGGUGCUUCAUCGCUUGGAAACUUUCCUGUCUUCGUUUAUCCAGGCUGCGCAAACGAUGAGAUAAACGGAUGUGUUUUUCCUAAAACCCAGCGCAGCGUCGAAGUCGUCGAUGGGAGUGUUUCUGCGCGCCCUGGUUAUUUCACCAUUGACCUCGUCUCUGGUAUAAGGGCCGAGAUUACGGCUACAAACCACACAGCUCUUUACGACUUUACAUUCUUCGGUAACGCUACGAAAAAUGCUACCGCAGACGCGCCCUUGAGCCCUCUAUUCUUUUUCGACUUGACCGAUCUGCCAGAUACCCGUCUCGAUGGCAAUGCAUCUGUAGACCCAGAGACCGGUAGGAUUUCCGGCAGCGGCACUUUUCAGCCAAGUUUUGGAACUGGCACAUAUACACUGCACUUCUGUGCCGACUUUGCUCAAGGACCUUCUAUACGCGAAACAGGUGUGUUCGCGAACACGAGGGCUGGCAGUGAUCCUAAGAAUAUUGUCCUGGGACGAGACAAUAAUUCCCCUCCUCUACCAGGGGGGGCCUACACUUGGUUUAAUGAGGUUGAAACCGGUACCAAAAUUACUGUUCGCGUCGGACUUUCAUUCAAGAGUGUUGAGCAAGCUUGCGGGUCUGCCGAGGCGGAAGUGCCGGACUUCAGCUUCUCGAAAACUUUGGCUGCAGCAGAGGGUAUUUGGAAAGACAAGCUUUCUGUUUUGAGUAUUGAUACCACCGGCUUCGAAGACACUGCUUGGCAGACAAUCUUCUGGAGUGGUGUGUACAGGGCAAUGCUGAGUCCUCAAGAUUACACGGGUGAAAACUAUCUCUGGGAAAGCGACGAGCCCUACUACGACUCAUGGUACUGUAUCUGGGACUCAUUCCGAAGCAUUCAUCCUUUCAUUACUCUAGUAGACCCGUAUUCCCAAACUCUGAUGAUCCGCUCUCUCAUCGAUAUCUACCGACACGAGGGGUGGUUACCAGACUGCCGAAUGUCGCUUUGUAAAGGGUGGACUCAAGGAGGAUCUAAUGCCGAUAUCGUGCUGGUGGAUGCGUAUCUCAAGAACAUCACCGAGGGUGUCGACUGGGUCACAGGGUACGAGGCAUUAAUCAAGGAUGCAGAAGACGAACCGCCGGUUUGGGACUACGAGGGUCGUGGCGGCUUAUAUAGUUGGAAGAAGUAUGGUUACAUCCCCGCAGACGACUAUGAUCCGUACGGCACUGGUCUAUUCACGAGAAGUGUAUCCAGAACCGUUGAAUAUGCUUAUAACGACUUCUGCAUCGCCGAAAUGGCAAAGUCGCUUGGCAAGCAGGAUGAUUACGAGAAGUAUGUUAAACGAUCUGAGAAUUGGAUUAACUUAUACAAUGCCGACCAGACUUCGGAAAUAAAUGGUAGGGACACUGGAUUCACCGGCUUCCUACAGCCACGAUAUUUAAAUGGCACUUUUGGAUACCAGGAUGCGGCGCUCUGCUCUCCCCUUUCAUCGUUUGACUCUUGCUACCUCAACCCGGGUGGCCACGAGACAUACGAGGGCAGUCCCUGGCUUUACACUUUCUUUGCACCUCACGAUAUGGCCACCUUAAUCUCUACUCUGGGCGGAAACGAUGCAUUUGUCAGCCGCUUAGACUAUCUUCACGAGAGCGGUAUCCUCUAUGUUGGUGACGAACAGGCAUUCUUAACCAUAUUCCAAUACCAUUACGCAGGCCGUCCUGGUAAAUCUACCGAGCGAGUCCACUACUAUAUUCCCAGCCAGUUCAACACCACAACGGCGGGUAUCCCAGGGAAUGACGACUCAGGCGCCAUGGGGUCGUUCGUAGCCUUGGCGAUGAUGGGAAUAUUUCCCAAUCCCGGGCAGGACGUCUAUUUCAUCACAGCCCCUUUCUUCCCUUCUGUCUCGAUCACCAACCGCAUAACAGGCAAGACGGCCACGAUCAAGACCAGUAACUUCGACACCGCGUACAAGAACAUCUACAUCCAAAGCGCCAAGCUCAACGGGGAGGAAUACACCAAGAGUUACCUUACGCACAGCUUCUUCCUCGAGGGUGGGACGUUGGAACUCACGUUGGGCGAUAAGGAGAGCACCGCUUGGGGUACAGCCGAUGACGAUAUACCACCAAGCGUAAGCACGAGUAAAGACUAG